CCCAGCCAGGCUGCACUCCCAGACCCGCUGCCGGCCCCUGGCUGGCUGGGCCCUGACCCCGGUGGUGGUGGUGGUGGUGACAUUGGCCCCCAGUUCCCGGCAUCUCCUGGCACAGGAAGAUGAAGAUGAACAGGGGACGAAGAGAUACCCGGUGUGGGCCUCCAGGCUACAGGGUGACACGGGGAUGGAGGCUUCGUGCCUGGAGCUGGCCCUAGAGGGCGAACGUCUGUGCAAGGCUGGGGACUUCCAGGCAGGUGUGGCCUUCUUUGAGGCAGCCGUGCAAGUGGGCACAGAGGACCUGAAGACACUGAGCGCCAUCUACAGCCAACUGGGCAAUGCCUACUUCUACCUGAAGGAGUUUGGCCGUGCCCUCCAGUACCACCGCCAUGACCUGCUGCUCGCGCGGACCAUUGGUGACCGCAUGGGUGAGGCCAAGGCCAGUGGGAACUUGGGCAACACGCUGAAGGUUCUGGGACGCUUCGAUGAGGCUGUGGUCUGCUGCCAGCGCCACCUGGGCAUUGCUCAGGAGCAGGGUGACAAGGUCGGUGAGGCCCGGGCCCUCUACAACCUGGGCAAUGUAUACCAUGCCAAGGGCAAGCAGCUUUCCUGGAGUACCGCACAGGACCCUGGCCGCCUGCCGCCUCAUGGCCGAGAGACGCUGCGCAGGGCCUCCGAAUACUACGAGCGGAACCUGUCCCUGGUGAAGGAGCUGGGGGACCGGGCGGCGCAGGGCAGGGCCUACGGCAACCUGGGCAACACCCACUACCUACUGGGCAGCUUCACGGAGGCUACGGCCUUCCACAAGGAGCGCCUGGCGAUUGCAAAGGAGUUUGGCGACAAGGCUGCGGAGCGCCGGGCUUACAGCAACCUGGGCAAUGCACAUGUCUUCCUGGGGCGCUUCGACGUGGCUGCUGAGUAUUACAAGAAGACGCUGCAGCUGGCGCGGCAGCUGCAGGACCAGGCGGUGGAGGCGCAGGCAUGCUACAGUCUGGGCAACACCUACACCCUGAUGCAGGACUAUGAGCGUGCCGCAGAGUACCACCUGCGCCACCUGCUCAUCGCGCAGGAGCUGGUGGACAGAGUGGGAGAAGGCCGGGCAUGCUGGAGCCUGGGCAAUGCCUAUGUGUCCAUGGGGAGCCCAGCCCAGGCCCUGACCUUCGCUAAAAAGCACCUGGAAAUCUCCCAGGAGAUUGGAGACCGUGCUGGGGAGCUCACAGCCCGCAUGAAUGUGGCACAGCUACAGCUGGUACUAGGCCGGCUCAGCCCAGCAGCAGCCGAGAAGCCUGACCUGGCCGGUUACGAGGCCCAAGGUGCCAGACCCAAGCGGACACAGAGGCUGAGUGCAGAGGCCUGGGACUCACUGAGGUUGCCUCUGGAACGGCUCUGCCCCCCUGCUGCCCAGGAGCAGAAUGGAGAUAGCCUGUCAAAUGCUGGGGAUUGGCGGGGUCCUGGCCGAGAUUCAUUGCCCCUGCCUGGGAGAAGCCGCAAGUACCAGGAGGGGCUGGACGCCACUGAGAGGAGGCCCCGGGAGGGCGGCCACUCCCCGCUGGACAGCGCCGAUGUCCGGGUGCAGCUGCCCCGCACGAGCAUCCCCCGAGCCCCAUCCUCCGAGGAGGAGUGUUUCUUCGACCUGCUGAGCAAGUUCCAGAGCAGUCGCAUGGACGACCAGCGCUGCACCCUGGAAGAUGGGCCUGGGGCCUCUGAGGCCACAGCAGCCCCCGCCCUGGAGGAGCGGAUUACCCAGCCCUCGAUUACCGCAUCACCACAGACUGAGGAGCUCUUCGACCUCAUCGCCAGCUCCCAGAGCCGCCGGCUUGAUGAUCAACGGGCCAGCGUGGGCAGCCUGCCUGGCCUGCGCAUCACCCACAACAACCUGGGACAUCUUCGAGGCGAGGGUGAUCCCCAGGAGCCCGGUGACGAAUUCUUCAACAUGCUCAUCAAAUGUCAGUCCUCCAGGAUUGAUGACCAGCGCUGCUGCCCACCUGCUGUUCUGCCCCGUGGCCCCACCAUGCCAGACGAGGAUUUCUUCAGCCUCAUCCAGCGGGUGCAAGCCAAGCGGAUGGACGAGCAGCGGGUUGACCUCGCUGGGAGCCCAGAGCAGGAGGUGGGCGGGCCUGAGCCCCGAGAACAGUGCCAGCCAGGCGCCAGCUAAGACUGCUGGGCCCCCACCAGGCCUGCCCCCAAGCCCCAGGGUCACUGGCAGGCUCUGUUCCCCCAGUCCCUCCCGAGGAGCCAGCAUACAGCCCCUGUGGCCUCGUCCAGAGCAGCAGGCCUAGGCUAGGGCCUCAGGGGGAGGUGGUGGCUCCUGUCCUGGGCAGACCUCCAUAUGGUACAUGGCCUCCUUGGGCUGCCUGACUCAGCCCUGCCCCUUCCCCUGGCCAGCCCCAAACCCGGUGCUGUCCCCCCUUCCUGCUCCCCUGGCCAAAUGUGAAACCCUCAUAUUCCCCAAGCCCCCAAAUCUCUCUGGGGGCGGCCAGUAGCUUGGACCUUACUGUUCCCUCCAAACUGGUUCUAGAAUGCCCAAUGCUGAGCCCUGGAUAGGGACCCCAGGGGAGGCACCCACAGGCUUCUUGAGUGCCCCUGGGGGUCUGGGACCACAGAGUUGUGGGGGUAUCAGCCACCUCCAACCUUACCCUGACCAUGCCAGGAACCCAAUUCCGAGACCCUGACACUGCCCAGAAUGAGGGGCUCAGCCCAGCUCUUGCCCUAUGCAGGCAGUUGGGGGCCGGCCCCUGCAUGGCCAACUUGCCCAGUGGGCAGGAGAUGUUCAUCCCUCAGGCCUGACUAUCACUUGCUCAGCCCAUUUGGAUCCAUGACCCCCUGGGGAGCUCCUGAGGCCCAGCCACAGCCCUCCUCCCCUGUGUGCUCUUGGAUGGGUCAAGGGUGCCUCUGAGGAGGCAGUUGGACCCCCCACCUGUGGUACGGCCUGGGUAUGUGGGUGAGGUGGAGGUGCUCUGAGGGGCUCCACACCCACAUACUUAAAUGUCCCCCAUGUCGCUUCCCUGUGCACCACGCCCACGGGCCCUUCCAGCCCCAGCGCUGCACCUCCUCCCCGUGAUGCCCAAAUAAAUGCCACCAAGUAA